AUGUGGGGCUGCCGUGGGCUGAGCUGCGCAGCCCGGGUUCUGCUUGGUGUCCCGCGGGCGGCCGGGGGCUGGACCAGCGGCCGCCGCCCGCUGCAGCCCGGUCUGAGAACUGUAAAUGUGAUCUUUCGUAAUCUUGACACUGCUGCUGAUUGUAGUCUUUCCUAUAAAGAACUCAAAGGCUUGCUAAAAUCCCAAACAACUCUUAUUGAUGUUCGAGAGAAGUGGGAAAUUGGACAGUUUGGAAAAAUUCCUGGAUCCGUCAACAUACCAUUGGGUGAGGUUGUGGAAGCUCUACAGAUGAACCCAAAAGACUUUAAAGAACGGUACAAUCAAGAUAUGCCUGCUAAAUCUGACCAUCUAGUCUUUUCUUGCAUGGCAGGAGUGCGAAGCAAGAAGGCAUUGGAUAUUGCUAUGUCUUUGGGCUUCAGCAGAGUUCAGCACUAUGCUGGUGGCUUGGAGGAGUGGGCAAAAUAUGAACCACCAGAGAAAAAACAAUGAAGAUUAAUUUUGGAAUAUAAACCUUGUUACAUAGUGUCCUGAAAUUUACACAAGCCUAGUACUAUCUUGUAUGAAAUAAGAUUGAGAAUGUACUGUGAAGGGGAAUGAUUGUUUAGUUAAUACACACUAUUAAAUGUAGCUGGUUAUUCUGAAUUUAAAUUGAUUGAGAGUUGAAAAUUACUCUAGUAGACUGUUCAUUCUCCUUUGGUCAUAUGUUAAAAUUACUGUGGAACUACUCCAUGAAGAAAACUUAAAGCUACAGACUUCAAUGUAAAAACUGAACAUACUGUACAUAUGAUAUAUACAUCAUAGUAAUGUGUACAACAGGGGAUCAUGAUUAAACUUAUGGUGAGGAGUAACUG